UCAUCCCACAUUACGUCAUUGGAAACCUGUGCGCACUGGAUUUUGGGGGGGACGCAGAAGAGAAGCAUGCACUCGCAGGAAACACCGCACAGCCUUUUGUCUUCAGGUGAUCUUGUUUGGUGUCACAUAUGUCAGUGAAACGACAGAAAGGGUAAAAAAGGAAUAAAACCGGUUAAUAGGCGGGACUUCCUUCAGUAGCACCAGAGUCCGGGCUGUUUAUCUCUGCGUGUGCAGCGCAGGGCGAGCCAGUGCGCGAUCAAAUAACAAGGUCGUCUCAACACACACCACACAAUGCUGGGCUGCUUGCUGCAAGGAGGCUGCAGUCCUCUGGUCUGCCUGUUGUCCCUGAUGCUGCCUCUGGUCUCCCUCCAUCGCUUGAACCAACAUGGGCGCAGGGGCCACAUCGUGAAGGACCGGCCCAAGUUGCUGCUUGUGUCCUUCGACGGCUUCCGCUGGGAUUACAUCGACCGGGUCCCCACGCCCAACUUCAACAGCAUCAUGGAUGAGGGGGUGAUGGUGAAACAGGUUGAGAGCGCUUACAUCACAAAAACCUUCCCCAACCACUACAGCUUGGUGACGGGGCUGUAUGCUGAGACGCAUGGCAUUGUGGCCAACGAGAUGUACGAUCCCGUUCUGAAUCAGUCCUUCUCCAUGGAGACGGACAGUAUUUAUGAAUCACGGUGGUGGGAGGAAGCGGUGCCUCUCUGGGUGACCAUCCAGAACGCUGGAGGGCGAAGCGGGGCGGCGAUGUGGCCAGGGUCUGAUGUGAAGAUCCACGGCAUGUACCCCAAUCAGUACCUCCCGUACAAUGCCUCAGUCUCCUUCGAAACCAGAGUGGAGCGGAUUAUUGAGUGGUUCUCUGCACCCAAAGAGGAAGCAGUGGAUUUUGGAGUUCUGUACUGGGAGGAGCCGGAUGAGAGCGGACACAACCUGGGACCUCAGAGUUCCCUCAUGGACGUAGUCAUUGCCGGGAUUGAUGAGAAGCUCGGUUUCCUCAUGAACGAGCUAAAGAAGGCAGGGCUGUACGAGAAAGUGAACCUGAUAGUGACCAGUGACCACGGCAUGGCACAGCUUUCCACUGAAAAAAUCAUAGAAUUGGAUAGGUAUGUGAGCAGAGACCUGUACACCUGGGUGGAUAAGAGUCCUGUGGUGGGAAUACUGCCCAAAGAAGGAAAGCUCGAAGAGGUGUAUGGUCAGCUGGUGGAUGCGAACCCGAACAUGGUGGUGUACAAGAAGGAAGACAUUCCCGAGCACUUCCAUUAUCGACACAACGUCAGGAUCAUGCCCAUUCUCAUAGAGGCCAAAGAGGGCUGGACCGUCAUGCAGAACCGGACCGGGCCCUUCAUGUUGGGAAACCACGGCUAUGACAACACCUUACGUAGCAUGCAGCCUGUGUUCGUAGCCCGUGGGCCGGCCUUUCGCCAGCAUUACGUCAAGACGUCCAUGAGCUCUGUUGACCUUUACCCUCUCAUGUGCCACAUCCUGUCCAUCCACCCUCUACCUAACAACGGCUCCCUCUUCAACGUUAAGGACCUGCUGUCCGUGGAGCCAGCUCCACCCACGGCCAGCGUCCCUCCCAAGGUCGAGGAGUACUCCUACGCCCCCGUCAUGGGUUCUUUCAUCGGUGUGGUAAUGGUGCUGGGCUUUCUGGUGGUCUACAUCAGACAAGUGACGCUCAAACAGCUGCCCUCAAUAAAACACAGAAGCAGGGAGAUGUCGCAGCCCUUACUGCAAGAGGACUUGCACCUGUAGCUGAAGAAACAGAAAUGAUGGCAGGCAUAAAAGAAGAGGAGGUAUUGCUCCCCAAGGUAGUCCGCCCUAUCCAGAAGCAUCCCCUUUACGCCUCCCUUAUACGGCUAAAUGCCAUUGUGCUGCUCUUUUUAUUAGUUGGAGAUCAAGCGAAUCUAAUCUAACCUCCUAAUCAUAUAGAGGUACACCCUGCUUGCUUGAGUGCAAGGGAAAUGUCUAGGGUAUGCUUCUGGUCGAGGCAUAAUCAAGAUAAUAAACCUUUACAUGGGCUUCAUAGUGGCUUUGCUUUGAUUGUGAAUUUUACCUAAUCUCAUCUCGUCAUUUUCAUUGUCACAUAAUAAGUAAAAAAUGAUAAGCUAACAGUGAAAUUUCAACCUGUGAUUCUGGCAAGUAUGAACCUUUGUUGCCCAAAACCAUGACUUGGAUAACAUUAUGAUGUCAGUAUGCUUGCAAACAAUUUGUUAGUCUGAAGGUCAAAAUCUUUAUAGCUAAACAGCCACAGUUUAAGUUGGGGUGUAAAGCCGGCCAUCAUAGAGAGGGGCAAGAAGCAAUAAUUGUUGAAAUGGGGAUAACUGUGCACACUUUCAGACAAUCUUUUUAUCAUCGGCAUUCAUAGUCUUGCACUCUUUUGCACAGAGGAAAGCAGAAGUAAUGAAGUGUGAAGAAUAAUUAAAUAUAGCUUCAGGGAGAAGUUCAAACCCUGCUUACUUUCUCCCCUCUACGCCUGGCCAGUCGCCGCGUGAAGUGGACAUGAUGUCGGAUUGUCAGUUUUGGAAAGUUGCAAAAAUUGUUAGACACAGCCCAGUAGAUUUGGUUUGUUCGCCCUUGACAUUAGGUCUUGUCAGGUUUUUGCCACCAAUUGUUCUACUUGUGGUCUGAGCACUGAAUUAGAAGUUACUUUGAAAUACAAACGCUGUGAUCAGUCAGAAAGGUAUUCAAAACGCAACUCCUUUCAAGAGAUUGGUUGGGGUUCGUAUUAUAUUUGAAUGUUACUUGGAAGCAGAUGUUCCACUAAAGUCUCACUCAAUGUGCCAGGCUACUGCUCAUAUGUGUAGGUCAUUCCAUGAGCCGAUCACAUCACGACGCGCUCUUUUAGUAGUCAGUUACCAUUUGCCUUUUAACUUAACAGAGAACAUCUCUCUAAGGUGUGCAAUUGUUUGUGUGUGAGUCUGUUUUUUUGUAGAGUCUGUGUUAGGGGAGCAUUUUUCUGUAUAGAUGACCGUGCACUGCCCACCUGUUCAUACGUUGACUGUCAUAACCAUGGCCAUUUGUUGGUGAAAUGUGAAGUGCAAUUGUUAUUGGUCAGUAUUUCGUCAUGAGGAUUUUAAGGGUUUUGUUGUUGCUUGGUUGGGAAGACUAUUUCGGCAUGACUUGCAAGAACUGUUCCCCUGAUUUGCACUACAGGAUAGAAAUGAAACAGAACGAAGGGGCAGUAGUUGGAUGCUUUUUAGGUCAUGUAUAAUUUGCACUUAUUGUUCGUAGUUGCUAUUUGAUAUAAUAAAAACGUAAGGUGCCUCCUGCCAAAAAGCUUUUUAAUUAGCAUAAUAAUAGAAAGUCAAGUAGAGUCCAAAUCUGCAAAUAAAUAAUUCUAAUAUUUUUCAGCAUCAUUUAAGAAAUAAUUGGUUCAAUUUUCUGCUUUUAGAUGCGUUAACUAAGACCUGUGCCCAAAAAAUGACAGACAUCACUGUGAUAUAUACUUUUUACAAAUUUAAAUUCAUAAAUUAAAAGUAUUUAUAUGGAAAUUGUUAAUUUUCUGAUGAUUGUCUUGUUUUAUGAAAGAAAGUGUUGUCUGAUAAUUUUCCCCUGACUUGUUGACAGAUAAAUGAAAUAUAUCCAUAACAUAUUUAAAUGAUUCAUUUGGAAUUGUUAGAAAAUGAUAAAUAUUGGAUCAGGUUUAUCUCAGUUGGUUAUUAACUUGGAUUUGAAGUAUGGAUAUUUAAUAUAAUUUACAAAUUAACUAUCUUUGCCAUGUUGAUGCAAUUAGUCUUCUGAAAUUAAAGGGAUUUGAAACUGA